AUGGUGGCCACACAGUUUGCUUCGGCCCGGCUCCGGCUGGCAGCCAACAGCAGCCGCAGCACCCAGCAGCAUGCACGCCGGCAGCUCGCCGUGCAGUGCGUGGCGGCUCCCGAGCAGAAGGUGACCACCCGCGUGCAGCGCAACAAGAACAUGGGCAAGCUGCAGGCCGGCUACCUGUUCCCCGAGAUUGCGCGGCGGCGCAAGGCGCACCAGGAGGCCAACCCCGAGGCCAAGAUCAUCUCUCUGGGCAUCGGCGACACGACUGAACCCAUCCCACCCUUCAUCGCAGACGCCAUGCAGGCGGCCUCCCAGGGGCUGGGCACGCCGGAGGGGUACAGCGGCUACGGCGCGGAGCAGGGGCGGGGGGAGCUGCGUGAGGCCAUCUGCCGCCGCCUGUACGAGGCGGUGGGGCGCAAGCCCAACGAAGUCUUUGUGUCGGACGGAUCCAAGUGCGACAUCGGCCGCCUGCAGCUCAU